AUGAAGAGUCGCCAUCCAGUGUGGUAUUUUGAAGAUGGAAACUGCAUAUUUCUUGUCGACAACGUCUUGUUCAACCUACAUCGCUUUGUCCUCACCAGAAACAGCGCCGUCUUUGGUGCUCUCUUUCAGCUCCCCCCGCCCCAGCGACUCCGCGUCCACGCAAAACGAGCUCAGCUUGGUGAAGAGAGCGUUCCCGAGGGAGUCGACGACACGAGACCGAUUGUUCUCAACGGCGUCUCGCUCGUAGACUUUGAGGCCUUUCUCAGUUUACUCUACCUGCCAAUCUAUGAAUCUGAUGAACACUUUUCAUUGGCUCAAUGGAUCUCCAUCUUGGAAGUGGCCACUCGCUGGGAUUUCACGGCCAUCCGACAGCAUGCAGUGACCAGGCUGGAGGGGUUCGCUCAAGAAGACAUGACGCCUGUUUUACGGAUUUCACUCGCUCGCAGGUAUCAUCUCCGAGGGCCGUCCUGGCAGCUACGUCCCCUCACGGCACUCGUGACUCGCAAGGAAUACCUCUCAAUAGAAGAAGCCCAACUUGUCGGCCUCGAGACUGCGAUUCUUAUCGCUCGUGCUCGAGAGGAAGUGCGUAACGUGAUUGAAGUGGAAGAAGACUUUUGCGACUGCUGUGAGCGAUGCGGAAAGACAAGCCUCUUGGAAGAAAACGACGUAGAGGAUGUGAUUGCAGACAUUCUUGGUCUUGGGAGCUCGAUGGAUUGCUACUCAAGAGACUGA